CGACCGACCGGAUCGGGGAAAAUGGCGGCCGCGGGGUCCUACAAGUGUUCGGGUAGCCUGGGACAGAAACGCCGGGGCGGCUCCGCAGACGCGCUCCGGUUCUCCGGUUCCGCUCCUCCGUCCCCUCCUCCGGUCUGCCCGGAGCUCCGGACGGAGGUCGCCUGCUGCCCGCGCUGCCUCCAGCGGACCGCGGCGGAGCGGGGCAGCCCGCGGUUCUGUCCCCUCUGUCGGCAGCGGGGGUCCGGCGGGGGCCGCAGACCGUCCGGGCCGGAGCCGGGCCCGCCGAGGAGGAGCCACCCGGAGCGGAACGACUGCGACACUCGCAAAGAGAUCUUCAUCCUGCCCGCCCAGCUUUCUAAGUGUGGGGAUGUUCUAUCAGAGCAGACUUCCAAACACCAGACAUCAACGAGUGAGGACAAAGAGGAGACAAAGAGGAAGCUCUUCCAUCCCCUGAAGGAGUGUGGAGCUCUCAGACUGCCUGAGGACCCUGGCGGCGGCGGCUUCCGGGCGCUGGGGGUGCUGUCGGACUCGGAGAACGAAGAGCCGGUCAGCAGCAGAACCAGGGACGUAUCAGCCUUCGUCAGAAAAGCCAAAACCUCCUCGGCCGGCAGAAAUGGAGUCCAGAGAACUGCUCAGAGAAGUCAGAGCUGCAGUGGCUCGGUGGAGGCCAGAGGGAGGCUGAGGCUCCUCUCCCACACCUCUGGGGUGGAGGCUGGCAUCACUCACAGUGACAUGGCAGGUAUCCUCCUUUCGUCAGAGAACAGCCGUGUUGGCUCCGUUCCCGACAGAAGACUCACCUUUCGCUGCAUGAUGACAUCAUCAACCCCUUUGGGUGUUCCCCAGGGCAGACAGGAACCUUCCAUCAGCCCCGAGAGUAACGACAGCAUCUCAGAGGAGCUAACCCACUUCAAACCAAUUGUCUGCUCCCCAUGCACGCCCCCCAAACGCCUCCCUGAUGGCCGAGUGCUGGAGCCCACCAUCGUCAAGUCCACCCCCCGGAAUCUAACCCGUGGCAGCCUGUACAGGGCCACUAACUAUGAGGCCAGCCCUGCUGUCUUGCAGAAAUGGCGGCAGAUCGAGUUGGACCGCCAGAGUGUUAUGAUGACCUCCAAGGGGACGUUGACGAGCCCUGUGAGUGAGCCGCAGGGCCAGAAGAGCCCUUCAGAUCACCAAAGGAGCAGAGCUUGCAGCUACAACAUGGCCACAACAUGUUCCACCACAGAAGGGGCAAAUGACAGAGCGCGUCCAUUCGACAGAAGGAAGUUGGUGUUUGAUACAAUGACUCAAGAAAGCGACAACAGCGAGAAACCAGCUGUUAAGAUUCCUAAGCCCACUCUGAACAACAGCAGAGAGGGUCUAUGUAGAGGGAGCUCAGGUUUGGACCAAGUGGUGGGGGCCCCUGAAUCCUGUAGUGGAACCAUUUUUAGUACAAUUAAUUCAUUUUCCCCAUAUGCAAGGAGCUUUGGUUUCCAUUCUUGUAAACUGAUCUCAAAAGAGCCACAUGGCCAUAGGAGGGAGGCAGGUGGUAGUACCUGCUCCCAGAACCAGUCUAACUCAAGGAAAGGCAGGAAGAGGAACCAGAAAACCAAACACUUAGAGGACCCUGAGUCAGACCUAAAGAGAGCCAGGACAGUCAGCCAGGAGGCCUCUGUCAUGGGACGCUGUGGGAGCGAUGGGUACCUUCAGCGAGUCCAGCAGGAGCGAGAGGACCGGGCACUAGCCAUAAAACUCCAGACACAGUUUGAUCUGGAGAAUCAGACAGUCAUUCAACAGAGGCAGAGUCCAGAGAAGUACUUCCUACGGUCUUGGAUGGCCAAUCAGAAUCGGAAAAGGCGAAGUCCACGGAAGUCAAGACAAAUUUCCAAACAGCAUUAGCUAACAGAGUGUAGUGUGGAACGAUUUUUGGAGGGACCAGUUUUUGCUAAUAGAGGCACAGAGACCUGCUCAAGAGGAAAGAGAGAUAGGAGGAGUCAUCGUGACAUGAGAAAGUUUAGACAGAGAUUACUGAAACAGAAAACCUUUUUUUUGACGCACUUUGAGAACUAAAGCAUAAAUCCUGUUUUUCACAGAUGAUGACUUUGACCGUCUAAGAAACCAGGUAGAGCCUAAAUUUAGGGUUUAGUUUCUGCCACACAACAUUAGUCCUCAGGAACCACCAGAGGCCAAUAAUAAAGGCUAAUAUCAAAGGAAGAGUUGUCUAGGAGCUAAUUCUACGUCAGCAGGAGUCUUAGCAGGGUAAUCAUGAUAUUGUAUAUUCUCAAAUCAGAUGAAACCAUUUCAAAUCAACAGCUUUCUGCAAAAAUCGAAUGAGGAUGAUGUUGCAAACAAUCUCAAACAUGCUAAACACGGCCUGUGACUGGUAUACGAUUUAUCGGGCAGUAGUCCCAAUGGCAACCGUUAACCAGGCGGUCAACGAUUUUCUGACAGGAGACGCAGUGAAAUAAAAACAAUCACUUAAGGGCAAUGGUGUUUGGGCUGAAAGAGCAUGUUCCUCAUUGAUCACCAGUCAAAUUCAACAUGCUGAUAUUCAUUUGUUUUCUCCCCCAGUCACAGGUCCUAAAAUCCAGUUGUUUUGACUUGGUUCUGUCUUGGGAUGAUGAUCACCAUAACCUAGAAAUGGGAUGAAUUAUUUUUCUAAAAACAGAAUUCUAGACCAUGAUUCCCAGCAUAAGACCAUACAUCAGUAGCAUUAGCGACACCAGGAGCGCUGCAAUGAAUGUCUUUGUUGGGAGAAUGAGUUUGCUUUAGUGUGGGGCGUAAAUACUCGUGAAUCUUUUCACGAAUACAUUUUCUGAUAACAGAUGUUUAAGAAAUGUGCUUGAAUGUCAAUCUCAACCAAAUCCACUUCUCACUCACAGUCUAUUAAAUACUUGUAA